AUGGUCGCUGGCUUGCUCCCUUCAACAUGGGUCACGCAGGCACCACUGCUUCACCCUCACGCGUUCGUGCUUCUGCCUGCUGAAUCCCAUCCGUUUGAACUCUUCAAGGUGACUCAAACCUGUAGUAAUACACUCACCUACCCCGCGGUUCUCUCUGUCGCAUCUUUGGUUGUUCUCGCCCUCCAGCUAGCCUCGCGCACCACCCUCGCACGCAGACUCUCCACCAAGUUCUCGGGUUGCGAUGUUCCCCAGGAAGAAGAGUCGUGUGUGGAAGGGCAGUCGCCAGUGGCCAGGGUAGGAGGAACAGUCAUUUUCUCCUUCAAACUCGCGCGUUUCUUCUCCACCCUUGCCCUUCUCGGCUUUUCAAUCGCUGGCUUGGCCACUUCGAAGCCGGAUUUAGGGCAGGAGGGGUCGCUUCGCGCGUACUGGGCAGGAGUAGGGCUUACGGGAACAUAUGCAUACGCCUCGCUCCUCGCGUUCGCCAGUGUCCUCUCUCGCCCCAGUCUCAACAGGCUGUUUACUGGGCAUCUUGUGUUCGUCCUCCUGGUCAUCUGGUGCGUAUAUGUGUACCGCGACCUCUGGCCUCUCGCAACCUUCACCCUCGUGCCGGCGGACGCAGCGGAGGGCGCGCUGCUGUGGGCAAAACUCGGGCUCCUGUCAUUUGCCGCGGUUUUUGUACCGCUGUUCAUACCGCACCAGUACGUGCCGGUCGACCCCAAGAACCCGGCUCAGGAUGUCAACACGGAACAGACCGUGUCUUACGCGUCGUUCUUGGUGUACACGUUCAUGGGUAAUCUGAUCUGGAAAGCUCACCGCGUCCCACAUCUUCCGUACGAAGAGCUUCCACCUCAAGCAGACUAUGACCGCAUCGAGCAUCUGGUGACAAGAGCAUCCCCGGAACUCGAUCCAUUCCAAGUCAAGAAGAGACGUCAUCUCUUCUUCGGGUUCAUGAAGAUAUUCCGGAUGGACUACGUCGCUGUUGUUAUCUUGCGCCUCAUCGAGAUCGGGUCGACGUUCGCCAGUCCAAUUGCUAUCUACCAGUUGCUCAACUACCUCGAGACCGGCGGUGUUGGUGCCGUAGUCCGCCCCUGGGUCUGGAUCCUUUGGUUGUUCCUCGGGCCUGUUGUCGGCUCGCUUGCGUUCCAGCUCUAUAUCUUCAUCCAAACUCGUAACCUGGUCCGCACGGAGGCGAUCAUCACCCAGCUCGUCUUCGACCACGCGCUUCGCAUCCGGAUAAAGGCAGACACAGCCGACGAGUCCCCUGCACCGAGCCGUGCAACUACUGCUCCGCAGACUCCGGACACCGCUUCAUUGGGCGAGGAAAACUCCGGUUCGGAGGAGGAAGAUGAGCGCACUGCGCGCGCAAGCACGGUCAGCGAGGCAUCAACCGCCGUGACACAGAAUGAUGACAAGAAAGGGGAGGCGAAGCCGGCUGCAAAGUCGGCGGACGCCGGCAACCUCGUGGGGAUGAUCAACAACCUCGUCACCACGGAUGCGACCAACAUCGUUGAAGGCCGCGAUUUCUUGAAAUUGAUCAUUUUUGCCCCGGCCGAGGCCAUCGUGUCUAUGACGUUCUUGUACACGCUGCUCGGCUGGAGCGCGCUCGUUGGUUUGGCAUCCAUCAUCCUACUCUUCCCACUUCCGGGGUAUCUCGCCGCUCGUCUUCAGAAGGUUUCGAGGGAGAAGAUGAAGAAGACCGACGCUCGGGUGCAAAAUGUCACGGAAACCAUGGGCGUUUUGCGCAUGGUCAAGCUGUUUGGUUGGGAGCCCCGCGUCGCAGAUAGACUUGCCGACAAGCGAGAGGAUGAGCUGACCUGGCUCCGCAACUUCAAAAUCCUCGAGUUGCUCAACCGGAACGUCAACUUCAUAAUCCCUGUGAUCACCAUGAUCCUCACCUACUCCACUUAUACUCUCGUGAUGGGCGAGGUUCUCACCGCAUCUCACGACUUCGCUCAUUCUUCUUGCAUAGUAUUUGACUCAUUGCGCGGGUUAAUGAUGAUGACCUUCAUGUACAUGCCCCGGGUCGUCCAAGCCAAGGUCUCGCUCGACCGCGUCGGCAACUUCCUUUACGACACGGAGCUUCUCGACGGUUUCGCAAACAAGGACGCCGCGUCCGCAGAGGUCGUCGUCCCCCCGAACACCGCGAUCGAGAGCGACAAGAUCGGGAUCCGUAACGCCGCGUUCACCUGGUCGGGCGACAAUGACGGCACCAUCACCCCCGGUGCGACUCGACGCAGCUUCGUGCUGAAAAUUGAUGAAGAGGUCACGUUCCGCCGGGGCAAGACGAACCUCAUCGUCGGUCCGACUGGAUCCGGGAAAACGUCGCUUCUCAUGGCGAUGCUCGGCGAGCUGCACUACAUUCCCCAUGGUCCGGACUCGUACGUAAGCCUGCCGAGAGCGGGGGGGAUCGCGUUUGCAGCGCAAGAGUCAUGGGUCCUCAAUGAGACAGUCAAGGAGAACAUUUUGUUCGGGUCACCGUACGACGAGGAACGUUACAACCAAGUCAUCUACCAGUGUGCACUCAGGCGUGACCUCUCCCUCUUCGAUGCGGGAGACAUGACCGAGGUCGGCGAGAAGGGAUUGACGCUCUCGGGGGGCCAGAAGGCGCGGAUUACGCUGGCCCGUGCGGUAUACUCAAAGGCGGACAUCCUGCUCCUCGACGACAUCCUGGCGGCGCUGGAUGUGCACACGGCCCGGUGGAUCGUCGACAAAUGUCUUAAGGGCGACUUGCUCAAGGGCCGCACCGUGAUACUCGUGACACACAACGUGGCCAUGGCCAGUCCCAUCGCAGAUUAUGUUGUCUCUCUCAGUACGGACGGACGGGUGUCAGGCCAGGGCACUCUGUCCAAAGUCAUCGCGAAGAACGAUGAGUUGUCGAAAGAGCUUGCCCAAGAAGAGGCUGAGCUCAAGAAAACCGAAGACACCGUCGAUACUGCUGAAUUCGAAGCAGAAGUCGCAACCAAGGCCGACGGGAAGCUCAUCGUCGCGGAGGAAAUCGCGGUGGGUCAUGUCAGCUGGUCUGCAUUGUUUCUCUAUCUUGGCAGCAUGGGCGGUGGGCACGCGAUCCUGUUCUGGUUCACUGCCCUUUUCAUGCUCGUCCUCGUCGAAACCAUGACAGUCCUUCAAACAUACUGGCUAGGCUAUUGGUCAACGCAGUACGAAGGGCACGAUCCGAGCGAAGUCAGCGUGGUAUACUACCUCGCGAUCUACACCCUUUUGUUGGCCGUCGCCGUUAUAUCCAUGACGGUUUGUUACACCGUAUACAUGUUCGGGAUCCUUCGUGCUUCGCGCAUCCUACACAAGACACUCGUUCAGUCUGUCUUCAGGGCGACAUUGAGAUGGCUCGACAGGACCCCCAUUUCUCGUGUCCUCGCUCGUUGCACCCAAGACAUCUCAUCUAUCGACAGCGCUUUCCCCAGCCUAUUGAUCACGGUUCUCCAGAUCACUACAUCGAUGCUCACCAAGUUUAUUGCUGUCGUCUACUUCUCCCCCAUUUUCAUUAUCCCCGGAAUUGCGAUCUCCGCCGUCGGGGGCUGGUGCGGCCAGCUGUACAUCCACGCGCAGCUCUCGGUCAAGCGGCAGAUGAGCACCGCCAAGGCGCCCGUUCUCGGCAACUUCGGCUCCGCCAUUUCCGGCCUCCCCUCGAUCCGCGCGUACGGCGCCCAGGAGCAGUUCCGCGCAGAGCUCUACCGGCGGGUGGACAAAUAUGUGCGCGUCGCGCGCACGUAUUACAACCUCAACCGUUGGGUCUCGAUCCGCAUCGACGCCUUGGGCGCGGCGUUCGCCUCGGGUCUGGCAGCGUACCUUGUCUAUGGACGCGCUACGCAUGCGGGCAACAUUGGGUUCUCCCUCAACAUGGCUGUUGGCUUUAGUAGCAUGAUCCUUUGGUGGAUCCGCAUCCUCAACGAGUUCGAGGUCAACGGGAACAGCGUCGAGCGCAUCCAGCAGUACCUCACGAUCGAGCACGAGCCUGAACCGGCCUCGGAUGGCGUCCCUCCCGCGUACUGGCCUGCCUCCGGCAGUCUACGUGUCGAGAAGUUGUCUGCGCGCUACUCUGCCGAUGGCCCUCGCGUCCUGCACGAGAUCUCGUUCGAGGUCAAGUCCGGGGAGCGCGUCGGUAUCGUCGGUCGCACCGGGAGCGGGAAGAGCUCUCUGACUCUGGCGCUCCUCCGGCUCAUCCUCACAGAAGGCAAAGUGUACUACGACGGGAUAGCCACGAACUCGAUAAAUCUGGACGCCCUUCGGUCGAACAUUACCAUCAUCCCGCAAGUCCCGGAACUGCUGAGCGGAACGCUGCGACAGAACCUGGAUCCGUUCUCGCAGUACGAUGACUCAGUUCUCAACGACGCUCUGAGGGCGGCCGGGUUGUUCUCGCUGCAAGCCGAGACGGACGAAGGACGGAUCACGCUCGACUCUGCGGUCUCGAGUGGAGGAAGCAAUCUGUCGGUCGGCCAGAGGCAGAUCUUAGCUCUCGCGCGGGCGAUCAUCCGGCAGAGCAAGCUGCUGAUCCUCGAUGAGGCGACGUCCGCAAUCGAUUAUCAGACGGACGAAGUCAUUCAGAAGUCUCUUCGGGAAGAGUUGGGCGCGGACGUCACGUUGCUCACGAUCGCGCACCGUCUGCAGACCAUCAUGGACGCGGACAAGAUCCUCGUGUUGGACGCCGGUCGGAUCGUCGAGUUUGGGUCACCCAGUGAGCUCCUCAAGAACGAGCAGGGCAAGCUCCGCGCGCUGGUUGACGAGAGUGGCGAUAAGGAGAAGCUGUAUGAGAUGGCGUUCAAGGCGUCGAAGAGUACUUGA